AUGCGCCUUUCUCGAGAUUCCUUCGAAUCAAUAUCUCCCUCUGGACUAGCACUUCUUUUCGCUGCCAUUGCACCUCAUGCGCUCCCGGGCGUCAGCGCAACAUCAGCAACUGCCGUGACGACAUCCAGCAUCGAAGCGCAACCGAUCCCUCUUGAAAUAGAUCUCGUCUUUCCUCGAAACGACACAUACUACCUCCCAACUCCCGCUCUCAACUCCUCUUCUACUGAUGGCUGGCUGCCCAUCCUCUUCGCCAUCCACAACCCUACCCUUGCGCGAUUUGUCUACCCCGCGAUAUCAUACACCAUUACCCCCUUAGACGGCGGAGACCCAACGACUACUGAGCCGACGAUCAUCUGGACGCACGACUUGCGCCUAACAAGGUUUGACCUUGACGCCAGCACAAACUCCUCUGAUUCGAGCCCCUACCUCCUCUACCGGCAUUUCUCGGGGGACGUCUUUUACACGAGCAGCAGCGCCGACGAGGAUGACGAAGACAAGCGGCUUCUGCGCCGAAAGCGGAGGUUUCUUCUCACCUGGCUGGUCUCGUACCAAUCCUGCAGCGAGAACGUGACCGCCGACCUAGUACAGGUCGCAGUUAACCGCUUCCGCACGCGCCGCGGCAACGUGACCUUCACUCUGUCGCCCUUCGAGACAGACGGCAGGUCCAUCAACCUCACAACGCUCACUGAGCCUAACCAGACCAACAAGGCAACCUGCAACGCGGAAAACCACUCGGUAGUCAUCGGCGUCGACACUUCCCAGACGUGGCCCGUGGGACCAGGAGUGAAAUGGGGAUUUGGGAUCUGCGCUGCGACUGCGGCGAUCUCGUCUCCUUCGUAUCAGCCUGAUCCGUGCGGGGUGAGGGUGAAAGAGACAGACAUCGACAGCAUGGACGCGAGGUUGAAGAAGCGGCUUUGCAGUGGGAUGAAGAACCCGCCCGAGGGCUGUCCUGUGACGAAUGCGGCUGGCCGGAUCACAGCUCAACUCUGGGCAGCGUUCUUGGCUGUUGUUGGCUUUCUGGUGCUUUGA